UCUCACACAUAUAUCACAUAUCUACUACCUAGGGAACUAAUAUAACAUCUCAGUGGUUCUGUGAUAAUAUGGCUCCUACACUUCAACGUGUAUUCUCUCAUUUACUCACUCUUGUAGCAACACUUUCAAUACUCCUCGUGGUCCCUUCCUCUUGUUUCAAGACCAAAAAGAUCGUUAAUGCUUCAUUUGAUUCAUAUUCCUCAGUUGGAACAAAUUGGUCACCUGCUGUGGCCACUUGGUAUGGAGCCCCCAAUGGUGAUGGAAGUGAAGGUGGUGCUUGUGGUUAUGGCAGUGUUGUUGGGGUACCUCCAUUCUCAUCAUUGAUAUCUGCGGGAGGCUCUCUUUUGUAUGAAUCAGGCAAAGGCUGUGGUUCUUGUUAUGAGGUGAAGUGCACAGGGAAUUAUGGAUGCUCAGGCAACCCUGUAAGUGUAGUGAUAACUGAUGAGUGUCCUGGAUGUGAUGGUCAAUAUCAUUUUGAUUUGAGUGGCACUGCUUUUGGUGCCAUGGCAGUUUCAGGCCAAGCAGAGAAGCUACGUGGGGCUGGGAAAAUAACCAUUCAAUUCAGAAGAGUUGAAUGCAACUUUCCCGGUGUGAAAAUAGCUUUUCGAGUGGACCCUGGAUCCAACCAACAAUAUUUUGCAAUGGUGGUUGAAUACGAGGAUGGGGAUGGUGAGAUUGACAAAGUUGAACUGAGUGAAGCAUCUUCAGCUUCAUGGUACUCCAUGCAAAGAUCAUGGGGUGCUGUUUGGAAACUCAACAAUGGUUCACCACUUAAAGCACCAUUUUCCAUUAGGUUAACCACUUUUUCAUCUGGCCAAAGUGUUGUGGCAAACAAUGUCAUCCCUGUGGGGUGGACCCCUGGUCAGACUUAUAGAUCAGUUGUGAAUUUUAAAUAACUUAUAAAUCUAUAUAUAUGUUGUCCCUUUCUUUGUAUCAUCACCUUGUAACGAUCUUAUUAUAUCAAUAAUAUAACCUUAGUUUUU